CAGGCUGGGCUCACCAUGUUGCCAGGUGCCAUCCUGGCGCGAGGGAGGGACGUGUGCAGGCGGAAUGGACUGCUCAUCCUGUCUGUGCUGUCUGUCAUCGUAGGCUGCCUCCUCGGCUUUUUCUUGAGAACUCGGCGCCUCUCGCCACAGGAGAUUAACUACUUCCAGUUCCCUGGAGAGCUCUUGAUGAGGAUGUUGAAGAUGCUGAUCCUUCCACUGGUGGUCUCCAGCUUGAUGUCUGGCCUCGCCUCCCUGGAUGCCAAGACCUCCAGCCGUCUGGGCAUCCUCACCGUGGCCUACUACCUGUGGACCACCUUCGUGGCCGUCAUUGUAGGCAUCAUCAUGGUGACCGUCAUCCACCCGGGUGGUGCGGCCCAGAAGGAGACGACGGAGCAGAGUGGGAAGCCCAUCAUGAGCUCGGCCGAUGCCCUACUGGACCUCAUCCGGAACAUGUUCCCAGCCAACCUGGUGGAAGCCACAUUCAAACAGUACCGCACGAAGACCACCCCCGUUGUCAAGUCCCCCAAGGUGGCAUCAGAGGAGGCCCCUCCUCGGCAGAUCCUUGUCUAUGGGGUCCAGGAAGAGAACAGCUCUCACGUGCAGAACUUCGCCCUGGACCUGACCCCACCACCCGAGGUCAUUUACAAGUCAGAGCCUGACACCAGUGAUGGCAUGAACGUGCUGGGCAUAGUCAUCUUCUCUGCCACCAUGGGCAUCAUGCUGGGCCGCAUGGGUGACAGCGGGGCCCCCCUGGUCAGCUUCUGCCAGUGCCUCAAUGAGUCUGUCAUGAAGAUUGUGGCGGUGGCUGUGUGGUACUUCCCCUUUGGCAUUGUGUUCCUCAUUGCUGGCAAGAUCCUGGAGAUGGACGACCCCACGGCUGUCAGGAAGAAGCUGGGCUUCUACGCGGUCACGGUGGUGUGCGGGCUGGUGGUCCACGGCCUCUUCAUCCUGCCCCUGCUCUACUUUUUCAUCACCAAAAAGAAUCCCAUCGUCUUCAUCCGCGGCAUCCUCCAGGCCCUACUGAUCGCGCUGGCCACCUCCUCCAGCUCAGCCACACUGCCCAUCACCUUCAAGUGCCUGCUGGAGAACAACCACAUCGACCGGCGCAUCGCCCGCUUUGUGCUGCCUGUGGGCGCCACCAUCAACAUGGACGGCACUGCACUGUACGAGGCUGUGGCUGCCAUCUUCAUUGCCCAGGUCAACAACUAUGAUCUGGACUUUGGCCAGAUCAUCACUAUCAGCAUCACUGCGACUGCAGCCAGCAUCGGGGCAGCCGGCAUUCCCCAGGCCGGGCUGGUCACGAUGGUCAUCGUGCUCACCUCAGUGGGACUGCCCACUGACGACAUCACCCUCAUCAUCGCCGUCGACUGGGCUCUGGACCGUUUCCGAACCAUGAUUAACGUGCUGGGUGAUGCGCUGGCCGCAGGGAUCAUGGCCCACAUCUGCCGGAAGGACUUCGUUCGGGACACAGGCACUGAGAAACUGCCGCCCUUCGAGACCAAGCCUGUAAGCCUCCAGGAGAUCGUGGCAACCCAGCGCAAUGGCUGUGUGAAGAGCGUGGCUGAGGCCUCGGAGUUGACUUUGGGCCCCGCCUGCCCCCACCAUGUCCCCAUACAGGUGGAGCAGGAUGAGGAGCCAGCCACUGCCAGUCUAGAACACUGCACCAUUGAGAUCAGUGAGCUUGAGACCAAUGUCUGAGCCUAAGGGGCUGCAGGGGCCAGGAGAGGCCUCCGGGGUUAGGGGAUCGAUCCCAACUUGCCAACAUUUCCUGGACAGGGGCCAGGCUCACAC